UAAAAUUAUUGGCAAAUAGAGAAUGUCAAAAGGGCUGCAUUCGAAGCAUAAUUCAUCACAAAAUCCUUCUAUUUUGAGACUAUUGAAAAUCUGGAACAAGACUCCUAUUGAGGAAGUUAGUGACGUCCACAGGAUAUCAGUAGGCAUACCGAUUAAAAAUGUUUCAUCUAAGAUCAUAAAACUGAGCACUAGAGAGUUUGAAAUUAUCGAUUCAGAUAGAUCUCAGCAGGCAGACACUUUAUCAAGGAAAAAGAACAUAAUUUCAUCAUCAAUUAAAGGAGUGAAGAAGAGGAUCAGGAAAAAUUUUAAUUUACCAGUCAAGAAGAAACUAAAACAGACCUUCCUCUUACCUCCAAUCUCCCACCAAGAUUUUUCUUCCUCUAAAGGGUCUGCAAAUAGUGGAUCCACGAAGACCAUCCAGGCUUUGAAUGAAUCCUCUCGGUAUUCAAACAUAGGAUCUCAAAAGCACGAUGACCGAGGAAUAGACUCUCACGAACAAAGACAGAGCUCUAUCAAAGGAAGAUUGAGAUUUAGAAGCUUUAAGUCUCGCAAUCAUUUACAAGAACCUAAUUCGGCUACUCACGAUCAUCUUGCAGAACCUCACUAUUUCAAGAGCAAGAGUAGCUCUUGCUUCAAAAAGACUGAGAUGAUUUCUACUAACAAUGAAGAGAAUCAGGAUAUCAAAUAAAGACAUUGUCGAGUACUUCAAAAACCGUCUUCGUGAACAGAGAAAGAAGGAAGAUAAGAAAUCGAAAUUCAAAUUUUUCCAGAAGCGUAAAAUGAACAAGGUUGCUUUGGCUAAGCUUGCUUUCAGUAAUAUGCGCAAAAACCAGCCUAAAUUUACAAAAUCUUAUAAAAAUAUAUCAGCUGCUGCUAAGGGCCUGAUCCUUUAGCAACCUAAAAGUUUGAACAUAUUGUUUUAUAU